AUGGACUGCGUUGUGACAGGGGGCAACGUGAAAGGUACUUAUCCCACCUGACAUUUGAGAAUACAUUUUAUACCACCACCUAGCUAGCUAGUUACAUGCCUUUUUCUUGAAUGAAAUUGUGAUGAUUUGUGUGUCUGUGUUUUACAGUGCUGGCCAAGGCCAUCCACUCUCUGUCCAGGAUAGGUGAUGAGUUGUACCUGGAGCCACAGGAGAAUGGGGUGAUUUACCAUGAUACACACACACACACUUGGAUAUGCAUACCAAAAUACACUGACACUCAUUCUCACUAACUUCUACACUAUUGUUGCCAAGACAUCAUUGCGGCCCAGGGAUUGGGCUGAAACUGUAAAGUAUAUCUUUCCUGUUUCCUGUCUCCCAGCUGGCUCUGCGUUCUGUGAACUCGUCCCGCUCAGCCUACGCAUGCUUCCUUUUCUCCCCACUCUUCUUCAGCAGGUAUGGUGUGUGUGUGUGUGUGUGAGAACGCGAAAGAAAGAUAGGGUACACUACCUAUGGCUGCUUACAUUCUUUUACAGAUACACCAUUCCCUGUGGACAUGCUUUUCGCUGCAAGAUGGCCAUCAAGGUACAGACACAUUGCUUUGACCCCAGGGUUGGGCUCAAUUCGAAUUGAAGGCAGUCAAUCCAGGAAGUAAACUAAAAUAACAAUUCAAUAAUGGAAAAAAAUUACAUUUAUUUUCAAUGACUUCUCAAUAAACUGAGAAGUAUAAGUUAUUCAUAAAAAAUAAAAUAUUCUGAAUUUUACAUUCUAAUCACUUCUUGAAUUGACUGCCUUCAAUUCGAAUUAAGCCCAACCCUGUUUGACACAUUUCUGUUAUCUACAGUUUAAUACUGUCUACUUAUUCUCCUCUCUCUCUCCCUCUCUCUCAGUGUGUGCAGGCUGUGUUCAGGUCCCUGUCGUCUCUGGAGAAGACAGUAGAGAAGUGUCACAUUGAACUGGAUGGAGAGAAGAGUCGUCUCACCUUCACCCUGCACUGCAAACAUGGUACAGACCGUUAAAGUGCCAUAAAAUAACCAUAGAACAGUUUUAUCUAAAGAGUGUCAACCAAUUUAAACUUCCUUACAUCCUUAGCUUUCCCCUAACCAAGGCAUAUCAAUUGUGUGUGUGUGUUUGCGUUCUGUAGGGCUGCUGAAGACACACAACCUGUCAUUCCAGGACAGUGAGAGUCUGCAGGCCGUGUUUGAUAAAGAGAGCUGUGCCAACAUGCUUCGCGCCCAGCCCAGGUCAACACAUUCUCUCUCUCUCUCUCUUUUUCAGUGUUCCUCUCCUGUCCUCUUACCUCCUGUGCAUCGCUUUUAUUUGUCCUUCUUUCUUUACUCCAGGUUGCUGGUUGACACAGUGCUGCAUUUCCCUCCCUCUCUGGAAGAGGUGAGUGUGUCAGUGAGUGGAGAACGAGUGUGGUUCAGGAACCAUGUAGAUGACGAGGCAGGUGAGGAGAAACGUUUUGUUUUUCUACACUAUUGAAGUGUUGGUGGUAUAGUGUUUAUUUUGUAUUUUUUAAUAAGUCAAUAACCCAAUAUAGCAACAUGAUAGUAAUAUAUUUAAUCUCCCCCCACUCCCUUUCUCUCUCUCUUGCAGAGCAAUCCAAAGCCAUGCUGACUGAACUGUGUCUGAGUUCUGAUGAGUUUGACCACUUUGCUGUCGGAGCUCAGACCAGCAUCACAUUCUGCCUAAAGGAGCUGAGGGUAUGUGGGGUUAUGUCACUUGUCAAAUGGGUUAUUACUGUUGUUAUAAUCUGGCGUGGUAUGUCAUAAGUAAUUUGAAGGCAUCAUAGCAGGCCACUUAAUGAAGUGUUGCCUUGUCUUUCAGGGCUUGCUGGUGUUUGCAGAAUCCACAGGUCUUCCUGUCUCUGUGUAUUUUGAUGAGCCAGGCAGGUAAGGAUACAUAUUCACAACUCACACAUACCAAUAUGAAAGGUAUUAGGAUAUUUUGUUUCCUGUGUAUCACUAAUUUCUGUGUAUCUGUUUUUGUCAGACCCUUGGUGUUAAGUGUAACAGACAGUGUUCUGGAGGUGAACUUCGUGCUUGCCACUCUGUCUGAUGAUUCCAACCUCCGUAACCAUAACAACAAUAAUACAAAACAGUAAUUGAACAUUAACUGUCAAACAUUCAGAACAGUCAUACCUCUUUGUACAGGACCCUGCUCUUUACCCAGAAUCCUCUCCGCUCUCCCCAGAGCUCGCUCGCCGCCACCUCCUGACGACUUUAUGAACGACGACAUUGACUCCUACCUCAUUGCCAUGGAGACCAGUGAAUUAGCAGGUCCCUCCGAUGCCCCUGCACCCCGGUCCCCCUCGCCCAAUCACACACUUACAACUCAGCCAUCUGUAGCCAUACACAGGCGCAGGCUAGAGAGCGGAGAGGAGGAGGAGGAGGAGGAAGAGACCGAGGACACUGAAAGACCUCCAAAUAAAAAGGUGAGCUUUGUUGUCAAAGGGCUUGCUGUUACUUAUACAACUGCUGGGAUCAAUGUAAAACGAACCGCUCUCCCCCAUCUCUCACUUUAUCCCCGCUCAGUUCCGCUCGCUGUUUUUCGGGUCAGUCUGUCCCUCUGAUUCUCAACUGACCAAUCAGACGAUCAAGAGCCAAGAAGUGUUGGCCAGUGACAGCGACGACGACACCCAAGCAUCAUUGCCAUGA